AUGAUUAAUCGUAGCAAUGUCGACAUCUUGCAAUUAAAUAAAGGAAAUAUGAAGCGCACUUUGUUCGAUUGUUUAUUUGUUUACGAAAAUUAUCCAACACUGGAGAACAAAUUUCACGAAAAGGAAACAUCACUUAAAUGUGAAAACAAGUACGGUGUUGAAAAACUUGAUUAUGCUUUAGCAGUGGUUGCCCAUGAAACAACUGACAAGGAACAUGUAGAAGUCAUUAUUAACUACGCUGGUGAAUUAAUUGAAAAUGACACGAUCAAUGACUUAAUAGACGUAGCUAACCACUUGUUAAGUCAAAUUUCGAAAAAUGAAGUAGUACAAAUCUUGGACUUGAAUUUUUUGCCGGAGAACCAGUUUAACAUAAUUGAAGCAUGGAAUAAAACCCAUAGAGAGUUAUUAGAACUGAAUGAUGAAACAACUCUACAUGUACUCUUCGAAGAAGAAGCACAAAAGUCACCUGACAAAAUUGCUGUUGUCUAUGAAGAUGUACAACUAACUUAUCGAGAAUUGAAUGAAAGAGCAAACCGAUUGGCACACUAUUUACGAUCAAUAUCUAACAUUCAUCCGGAUGAUCUAAUAGCAUUAAUUUUGGAUAAAAGUGAAUUGAUGAUAAUCAGCAUACUUGGCGUAUGGAAAUCUGGUGCAGCUUAUGUUCCUAUGGAUCCUAAUUAUCCGGACCAACGAAUUGAAUUCAUUCUAAAAGAUACAAAGGCAAAAAUCGUGAUAGCUAACAUGAAAUAUUCACCCAGAUUGCAAUCAUAUGACAUACUAAAAGUCGAAAUUGAUAGUCCACUAGUAAACCAACUAAUAAAUGACAAUAGUAUAAUUUGUAAUCUGGAGGUAGACACAAAUGCACAUAAUCUAGCUUAUGUGAUAUACACAUCAGGGACAACAGGGCCACCAAAAGGUGUUAUGAUCGAACAUAAAGGUGUUAUUAAUUUGAAAGUUGCGCUAACUGAGCUGUUUCAAUUAAAAUCGAGAACCGAAUGUGUUCUGUCGUUUUCGAAUUACGUGUUUGAUCAUUUCGUAGAACAAAUGACUUAUGCUUUACUGAAUUCUCAAGUUUUGGUGAUUUUAAAUGAAGAUAUGCGUGUAGAUAAGCCUCGUUUAUAUCAAUACCUAAAUAAGAAUAAAGUAACUUAUCUUUCUGGGACUCCGUCAGUUUUGCAGAACUACGAUUUACAAAGAGUCAAUUAUUUAAUUAGAAUCGAUUGUGUUGGAGAAGAUUUCAGUGAGGUCACUUUCAACCGAAUGAGAAGUCAAUUUGAUGGUUUGAUCAUAAAUGGGUACGGUCCAACGGAAAUAUCAAUCACAAGUCAUAAAAAGCUGUACUAUCUCGCUGAAAAGAGAGGAAAUAAAAGCAUUGGCAAACAAAUCGCAAACACAUCCUGUUAUGUAUUGGACAAAAACUUGAAACAAAUACCAAUCGGUGCCAUUGGAGAGUUAUUUAUUGGUGGUAUUGGUGUGGCAAGAGGUUAUCUAAAUCGACCUGCAUUAACUGAUGAACGCUUCCUACCUAAUCCAUUCCAGACGGAGCAAGAAAAGAAAGAAGAAACAAACAAACAUAUUUACAAAACAGGCGAUGUUGUCCGUUGGUUACCAGAUGGAGAAUUGGAAUAUCUCGGUAGAAAUGAUCUUCAAGUAAAGAUUAGAGGAUUACGAAUCGAAAUAGGCGAGAUCGAAGCUGUUCUAUCCUCGUAUCAAGGAGUCAAUACAUCUCUUGUCGUAGUUAAAGAGCACAACAAGAAGAAAACAGACAUANUAACUGAUGAUAUUAAUGAUAGACGGAACAGCAUAAUAAAUGUGAAAGAGUACAUGAUGGAAGUACCCAAUCAAGGUAUUGGAUUUUGUGCACUCUCAACUAAACACACCUUCAAUUAUCCAUGUGUUUCAUUUAACUAUCUUGGCGAAUUUCUUAUUGACAUGAGAGCCAAUGAUAGUGAAGAAGAGUGGAAUUUACUUGAUAUAUUUUGUGACAAUACACUGAACGCAACAACAAAUGAAUCAAUCAAAGUAACUUCAUUCAUAGUGAACAAAGAAAUACGUUUCAGCAUUAAUACAAAAUUGGGAAUUAAAAGAACUCUGCAAUUUGCCAAAGAAUUCCAGUCGAAUAUUGAAAAGAUUAUUAAACAUACUCAAUCAGUAAAUCGUAGUUAUCUGACUAUGAGCGAUAUCCAUUAUGUUAUCAAGAGUAAUGAUUAUUUAAAUAGAAUUCAAUUAGAAAAAGAAGUUGAUGCCAUCUUCAUGGCAAAUAGUCUUCAGCAAGGCUUUCUCUAUCAUUCAUUUAAACAAAGCAAUGUAGAUGACGCGUAUAUUGUACAAAUAGUAUCUGAAUAUCGAACUGCUAUCGAUGAAAAUCUUUUUAAAAUGGCUUGGGAGUACGCUCAAAACAGAUUCAGCUGUUUGAGACUUAGAUUUGCUUGGGAAGAUGAACUUGUUCAAAUUAUUGAUAAAGUGCAGCCAUUAGAUUGGCGAUUUAUAGACUUGACAAUGGAAGACGAUGUUUCAAUUCAAGAAUCGAAAAUUAAAGAAAUACAAGAAAAAGAUAGAAAUGAAAGAUAUAAGUUGGAAAGAGGAAAUCUCUUUCGUGUCUAUUUGAUAAAACAGAAAAGUGAACUUUAUGGAAUGAUUCUUAGUUUUCAUCACAUUAUUUUAGAUGGAUGGAGCUUACCAAUACUCGUCCAUUAUGUUCAUCAAGAUUAUUUGAAUUUGUUGGAAACAAAACGGCAAUCGACCCAUUCUUCUUCUCUCACUUGUUCUGGAGUUCGUGAUGAAACUUAUGAGAAUACACAAAUCUAUUUGCAAUCACAUCGCUUAGACAAUAUGGAUUAUUGGAAAAGUCAAAUGAAUACAAUUGAAGAAAGAUGUGAUUUCAACAGUUUAUUAAAACAAGAAUAUAGAAAUAAGAUGAUACUCAAUGAAUAUGAUCAUGUGAAGGAACCGAAACUAGCGAUACUAAACAUUUGUGACGAUUUAUAUAGGAACAUGAAGAAAACUUGCCGUGAAAAUGGAUUUACUUUAAGUACGAUUCUAUUAUUUGUUUGGCACAAAAUACUAAACAUUUAUGGAAACAGUAGUCAAACAGUGAUUGGAACAACCAUAUCUGGCCGACAUAUACCUGUUGACAACGUUGAAAACGCUGUUGGUCUAUUCAUCAACACUUUACCGUCGAUUAUGAAUCACAAAAUUGAUAUUUCAGCUAUAGAUGCAAUUAAAACACUUCAGAAUAACAUGAACGAAAUCAUUGUUCGCAGUAAUGUAGACAUAACGCAAUUAAACAAUGGAAGCUUCAAAAGAACUUUGUUCGAUUCUUUGUUUAUUUAUGAAAAUUAUCCAACACUAGAGAACAAAUUUUCCGACAAGGAAACAUCACUUAAAUUUGAAACAAAAUAUGGUGUCGAAAAACUUGAUUAUGCCUUAGCAGUGGUUGCCCAUGAAAUAAUUGACAAAGAACAUGUAGAAAUCGUUAUUCACUAUGCCGCUGAAUUAAUUGAAAAUGACACGAUCCAUCACUUAAUCGAUGUAGCUAAACAUUUGUUAAGUCAAAUAUCCAAAUCUGAUGUAAGAAAAGUUUCAGAGUUGAACUUGUUGCCAGAAAAUGAGUCGAUCAUUAUUCAAGAAUUGAAUAACACACUAAGAGAGUCGGUAGAACUGAACUGCAAAACAACUUUAGAUAAACUCUUCGAAGAAGAAGUAGAAAAGUCUUCUGAAAAAAUUGCUGUUGUCUACGAAGACAUACAACUUUCUUAUCGACAAUUGAAUGAAAAAGCUAAUCGAUUAGCACACUAUUUACGAUCAAUAUCUAAUAUUCAUUCAGAUGAUAUAAUAGCAUUAAUUUUGGAUAAAAGUGAAUUAAUGAUAAUCACAAUACUUGGAGUAUGGAAAUCUAGUGCAGCAUAUGUUCCUAUUGAUCCUAAUUAUCCAGAUGAACGAAUCAAAUUUAUUCUAGAGGAUACAAAGGCGAAAAUCAUGAUAUGUAAUACAAUAUAUUCAUCUAGAUGCGAUUCAUAUGAUAUUGUAAAAGUCGAAAUUGAUAGUUUAUUGGUUAACGAAGUACUAAAUGAGUCUAGUAUGAAUUAUAAUCUCGAGAUUGACACAAAUGUAUGUAAUCUAGCUUACGUUAUAUAUACAUCAGGAACGACUGGACGACCAAAGGGUGUUAUGAUAGAACAUAAAAGUAUAGUAUCUCUCAGAAAUGAUAUAAAAUUUAGACAUUUUCCUCACAUGGAAACCAAUCCUAUACCUCAAAAUAUUCUGUUUUUUUCAAAUUAUGCAUUUGAUGUUUCAAUUGAACAAUUAGCACUGUCGAUACUCAGUUCGAAUACGCUUAUUAUUUUACCUAGUAACUUCACUAUUGACGAAAAUUUCUAUGCAUAUUUGAAUAAAAAUCAGUUAACAUAUUUGAGUGGAACACCUACUCAGAUGACACAAAUCGAUUUUACACAACUUAAAUACUUGGAAACAAUAACACUAAGUGGUGAACCUUUGAGUGAGAAAACUUUCAAAAAAAUGCGAAAGGAAUCUUCUGCAAAAAUAGUCAAUUGUUAUGGAAUUACUGAAACAACUGUGUAUAACAUGGCAUUUUGCUAUCAGAAUCAGAUGGCAUACAAAAAUUCUCUUGGAACGUAUCUCUCGAAUACCAAGAGGUUUGUGUUUAAUGAAAAGAUGCAAUUACUACCAACAUAUGCUAUAGGUGAACUUUACUUGACUGGUAAUUGUCUAUCAAGAGGCUAUCUUAAUCGACCUGAAUUGACAGCUCAACGAUUUUUACCGAAUCCAUUUCAGACGAAAGAAGAAAAGAAACAAAGAAUAAAUGAACGAAUUUAUAAAUCAGGAGAUUUAGUUCGUUGGUUACCAAAUGGUCAACUUGAAUACAUUGGCAGAAAUGAUUUUCAAGUAAAAAUCAGAGGAUUGAGAAUUGAACUAGGUGAAAUUGAAGCUAUUUUAUCGUCGUAUCAAGAUGUGAAACAAUCUGUAGUUAUUGUGCGAGAAUCGAAGUAUUUAGAUGCCGAAGGUACAAAUCGAAAAUAUACUAUUGGAUAUUUUGUAUCCCAAUCGAUUCUAUUGGAAUCUGAUAUAAAACGUUAUAUGCAAAGCAAACUACCAGAUUAUAUGAUACCUAAUCGAUUGAUCCAAAUAGUUAAUAUUCCAGUAACUACUAAUGGCAAAAUAGACUUGAAAUCUUUACCUGAAAUUGAUUCGUCGAAGUACGAUGAAAAUUCGUUUUCUCCUCCUCGAAAUGAUCUCGAAAGGAAAAUUCUUCGAAUAUGGGCAGAUUUAUUAUGCAUACCAGUCGCCAAUAUAAGUACUCAUGAUGAUUUUUUUGGUUUAGGUGGUGAUAGUAUCUUAGUGAUGAAACUAGCAAUUAGGCUCAGUAAUCUCUUAUCCACGAAAGUGAGUAUUAGUACUGUAUUCGCAAACAAAACAAUCGUGAGUCUUGCAUCACACAUUCUUCACGAUCUUGAUUAUGAUUCGGAGAAAAAUAUGCAUAUCCUGAAAAUGCAUGCAGAUUCCUCAACUGAUCCAAAUUACAGUUUAUCGUUUGCACAAGAAAGACUUUGGUUUAUAGAUCAGUUUCAUGAUCAGAGCGGCAAUAAUGCUUAUAAUAUACCGAUAUACUUACGAUUUAUGAAUAAUAAUAUUCGAAGAGAUGUACUGUAUCAAUCUUUGCGUGCUAUUUUGAGUAGGCACGAAAUACUAAGGACAUUAAUACAAGAAGAUAGAUCUGGAGUUUUUUAUCAACAUCUACUCAACGAAGAAGAAACCGAUACAUUAUUUAAAAUAGAUGAAGUGCAGGUUAUCCAUAAAGAGCAAUUGGAUUGGGAACUAAAUAAAUUGGCUCAAUAUGUUUUUAAUCUUAGAAAAGAACUGCCAAUUAAAGUUACAUUUUACGAAAUGAGAAAUACAGAUGAAGAUGAGAAAACAACAUUCUACAUGGGAAUAGUCAUUCAUCACAUCGCGUUCGAUGGAUGGUCUUUGAGUAUAUUUUGGAGAGAAUUGCAAAUAUUUUAUGAUCAUUUUCAGAAAAAGACACCAAUUUCUGGUAAUAAUAAUACUAUAUCUGAUCGAACUGUGAACUUACCAAUACUGCCGGCACAGUACAAAGAUUUCGCAGCAUGGCAAAGAGAAUAUUUAAGUGGACAAACACUACUUGAUCUAUCUGAAUUCUGGAAAAAGAAAUUAGAUGGAUUUGAAAUGUUGAAUUUGAUGGUCGAUUGUGCUGUGAGACCUUCCAUUUAUGACUAUAGUGGAGAUGAGAUCGUCUUCGAAUUGGAUGAACAAGUUACAAACAGAUUGAAGGCACUAGCAAUGAGACUAAAUGUUAGUCUGUUUAGUCUACUUUUAAGUGCUUAUGCAUUGAUGCUAAGUAUAUAUGCAAACCAACAAGAUAUCAUCAUUGGAACACCAGUUGCCAAUCGAAACCAACCAGAACUAGAAAAUCUAAUUGGAUUCUUUGUUAAUGUGAUUGUUUUGAGAAUACAAAUUGAUUCAAAAGAUUUGAUACAAGAGUACAUAAAGAAAGUAAGCAACGAAGUAAUAAUAGCACAAAGUCAUGAAGACAUGCCCUUUGAACAAUUAGUGAAAGAACUUCAACUCGAACAUGAUACAAGUCGACACCCUAUUGUGCAAGUUGUAUUUUUGAUGAAUAAAUCUAUCGACUUCACAAUAACUUCGAUGAAUAGAGACGCGCAAAUACCAAGUCCUUUGACUAUUUCCGAAUAUUUUCCGAAUUGCGAUGAUUUCACGGUAGCAAAAUAUGAUAUUACGACUUCUCUUGAUGAUACAACAAGUUCUUUAAAAGGCACAUUCAAUUUCGUGAAAAAGCUUUUCGAUCGAACAACAAUUGAAUAUUUUAUUGAAACAUUUAUUCAUAUUCUAACUCAAUUUUCACAAAUUGAUGAAACACAUAAAAUAAUAGACAUCAAAUGCACUGAUUCCUUGCGACAAAAUCAAAUGAAGCAAUUUGAUAAUAUGCACCUGGUUUCCAGAGAUGUACCCAAGGAAACAACUUUAUAUAAACUAUUUGAAGAAGAAGUAGAAAAGUCCUCUGAAAAAACUGCUGUUGUCUACGAAGACAUACAACUUUCUUAUCGACAAUUGAAUGAAAAAGCUAAUCGAUUAGCACACUAUUUACGAUCAAUAUCUAAUAUUCAUCCAGAUGAUAUAAUAGCAUUAAUUUUGGAUAAAAGUGAAUUGAUGAUAAUUAGCAUACUUGGAAUAUGGAAAUCUAGUGCAGCAUAUGUUCCUAUAGAUCCUAAUUAUCCCGACGAACGCAUCAUAUUUAUUUUGAAGGAUACAAAGGCAAAAGUCGUGAUAUGUAAUACGAAAUAUUCAUCGAAAUGCGAUUCAUAUGAUAUUGUAAAAGUCGAAAUUGAUAGUUUAUUAGCUAAGGACGUACUAAAUGAUACUAAUAUGACUCGUAAUCUGGAGGUCGAUACAAAUGCAAAAAACCUAGCUUAUGUGAUAUAUACAUCUGGAACAACCGGAGCACCAAAAGGAGUAUUAGUGGAGCAUCAGAGUGUUAUCUCAUACAGGAAUGACAUAAAAUAUAGAUAUUUUGGUGAUAUGAAUAAGUUUACAACCGAGCAUAGCAUUCUGUUUUUUUCAAAUUAUGUAUUCGAUUUUUCGAUUGAACAAUUGGCUUUGUCUAUACUAAGUUCCAAUAGACUUGUCAUACCGCCAGGUAAUUCAAUGAUCGAUAAUAAAUUCUACAUAUAUUUGAAUAAAAAUCGACUGACGUACAUAAGUGCAACACCUAGUCAAAUGGAGCAAAUCGAUCUAACGCAACUUAAAUAUCUGAAAAUAAUCACCCUAGGUGGUGAGACAGUCAGUGCAGGAGUCUUCGAAAAAAUUAGUCGCCAGUUUCAUGGAAAAAUAUUCAAUGCUUAUGGAAUAACUGAAACAACUGUUUGCAAUAUGAUUUGCUGCUAUGAAAAUCAAAUGGAGUACAAAAACUUAAUAGGCACUCCUUUGUCUAAUACCAAAGCCUUCGUACUUAAUAAGGAUAUGCAAGUGUUACCAAUGCUUGCUAUAGGUGAACUUUACUUGACUGGUAAUUGUCUAUCAAGAGGCUACCUUAAUCAACCUGAAUUGACAGCUCAACGAUUUUUACCGAAUCCAUUUCAGACGGAAGAAGAAAAGAAAGAAGGAAAGAACGAACGAAUUUAUAAAACAGGAGAUUUGGUACGUUGGUUACCAGAUGGUGAAUUUCAAUAUCUUGGUAGAAAUGAUUAUCAAGUCAAGAUCAGAGGUUUAAGAAUUGAAUUAGGUGAAAUCGAAACCAUAUUAUCGUCAUAUCCAGGUGUGAAGCAAUGUGUUGUUCUUGUAAAGGAACACAAGAAGCAGGAAACAGAGACAUCAUCAACAAAAUAUCUUGUUGGAUAUUAUGUUUCUNAAAGAUCGUGA